CGCAACGCGGUGAGCCUGCUACCAGAAGGCGGUUGGAGCCAUGGUGACCCCGCUCGUCAAGCAUAAGAUCGUGAAGAAGCGGACUGCGAAGUUCAAGCGCUACCAGAGCGACCGGAAGGUCACCGUCAAGGAGUCGUGGAGGAAGCCCCGGGGUAUUGAUGGUCGCCAUCGUCGUAAGUUCAAGGGCCUCCCCCCCCACCCUAACGUGGGCUACGGGUCGAACAAGAAGACGAAGCACCUUCUCCCGAACGGUUUCCUGAAGUUCGUGGUGCACAACGUCGCGGACCUCGACCUUCUUAUGAUGCACAACCGGAAGUACUGCGCGGAGAUUGCGCACAACGUGUCCACGCUUAACCGCAAGGCGAUCUGCGAGCGCGCGGCGCAGCUCAACGUGAACGUCGUGAACAAGAACGCUCGUCUCCGUUCGGAGGAAGACGAGUAAGCGACGCCGGUGGCGGUGGGUUUUGGAGUGUAGUCGCGGGGAACGGCGGACCAAAGGGGGUCUAGUCGCGAACCGCGUGGUGUGGCGCGCGCGUUGUGCUAUUGUAAUGGAACGUCAACGCGCUUCAGUGAACGC